AUGACAACAAAUUAUAGCAAUUUAUAUGAUGAACAAGAAGAAGAAGAUGAACAACAUGAAACUUUCGAAUAUUUUGAUAAAAUACCAAAUGAUCUUCCUUGGAAUAUGAACGACAAAAUUAAAAGUCAAGAAAAAAUAGCUGAAAUUGAAGAACAAAAUUUAUCUGAAAAAAUCAGUCAAUUAUCGACUAAUGCAACAAAUGAAAAAGAACCUAUUAUGAUAAUGAAAGAAAUCAAAGAUCAAUUGGAGAUGAUUCCAGAUUAUUUAACAAAGAAAAAUAAAUCUUUCAAAGAAAUGAUACAUCAAAUAUUAUCAUCGAUAACAACAACAACAACAACAACAGAAGAAAAAUCAAAUAAUAAUACGAAUGAAUUAAGAAGAAUAGCUAUUUUAAUUUAUAAAAUUAUGGUUAUUCAAAGUUAUCGAUAUCUAUGGAAAAAUUAUUUAAAAUCUGGUACAGGACAAUUGUUUAUUCGAUCUAAAACAAAACAAAAAUUAUUCUAUUCAAUAACAUUACCAAUAUGGCCAAACGAAGUUAAACGCAUUGUUUUAGCAAACAAGAAAAAUAAAAUUAAUGAAAAUGAUAUUUGUUUGAAAUUUGUCAAUGAUCAACUAUAUGGAAUGCAACAUCAAUUGAAAGAAUAUGAAAAAGAAUUGAAUAUUCAAGCAACGAAUUGUGAAGGCUAUUCCCCAUCAGUUCACGAAAUAAUUAUGGAAUAUAUUGAACAAAAUAUCAACUCGUCUUUUCGCAGAAAAAUUGCACAUCAAGUAGAAUUGAUUCAUUAUGAUUAUCAUAUUCGAGCAUUGGAAUUAGAAUAUUUUCGACAAAAACCAAAUCAAUAUCAGAAAAAAUUAAUGGCAGAAAUUUGUCAAAGUAAAUAUGAACAAGAAACAUCAGAACAAGAAUAUGGAUUUUUAAAAGAACAAAUUAGUUAUUAUAAUUUACCAAGUCAAUCAUUGACAUGUUCAAAUAUAUUUAAUGGUCCAUUAUUCAAUUCUAUUCAAAAUAUACCUCUUCGAGAAGAAUUAAUUCAAAAAUGUAAAGAUGUCGCUGAGCAAGGGAGAAAUCUUAGUUUACAAGAAAAUUUAUGGCCGGAUCAAUUCUAUAAAAUGACAAAAACAAAUGAUUUCAAUUUAUGUAAACAAUAUGCGAUGAAUUAUAUAGAAAAUAAUAAAAAACAAUUGAAUUAUUGUCGAUUUGAAUUCACAAAACAAGAACAACAAUUUCAAACAUGUCCAUUUAAAGAAUUAUCAUUUGAAUAA